AAAUAAAAUUUUAUAAUCUUCUCAAGGCAAAGUACUUGUCAUUUAAAUCAACCGAUUGCAAAAUGGUAAAACUGACACAGAAAGUUCUCAACAGAAUGUUUAAAAACAUAAUCUCUUAAAUAAAUCGUGACAUUUAAACGCAGUCUAAAGACAGAGCUAACGUAAAAAUGCUACCUGGUUUUCAAUUUAGGAGAUUUUGAUACACCUGGAUUCUAACUGGAACCUUAACGACCCACAGACAGGCAUGGACCCGAAACAACUACGAGCUCUGAAUCAAUGUCAUAGAGAUAUACUGAGAGAUCUAGACAUAGAUAAACAAUUCCUUCUUAGUUUGUACAUAGACAACCUCAUUACUGAAGCUCAAAGCAAAGAUAUAGAGCAUGAAACAUCCAGAAGAGCGAAAGCUUCCAAACUUAUGGAGGUAUUACCACGGAGAGGGCCUUCCAUUUUUCCUCAAUUCGUUAACAAAUUACGGCGAGAUUAUUCUUGGAUUGCUGGCAAACUAGAUACAGAAUAUGAAAAGGCACAAAAAGAGAUGCCCAAGGAUAUCAACUCAAAAUUAAUAGAUGUUAUAAACAACCAGUUAUGUCCCCUGGUUUACGGGGUCGACGAUCAAAACAGUUUGUUGCCAUCGGAAACACAUCCUGGUCAUUUAGUUAAUCAAUUAUCAGACACUGUGCAUACACUUCAAUACAGGAGUUACCGAGCUCUUGGGAUAUCAACACGUGACCCAGCAACUACAUAUAUGUCACUUCCGAGACUUAUAGAUCGUAAAGUUCAUAGUUUACAAAACAGUUUUAAUGAGAUAAAAUCGUCACUUUCUGAAGAGAAAAAAAAGAACAAGACAAAUGUACCAGUAGACAAAAAAUCUACCAAAGAAGCCACUAAAAUGAAAAAAGAACUUGAAAAAAUGAAAGAGGCUAACAAAAAACUAGAAUCUUCAUUGAAAGGAAAAAAUAAAAAGAUUCAGUCUCUGUCGUGUGAGAACUUAACUUUACAAACACAAAAUCGACACCUACGAGAUCGUGUUGAAGAACUUGAAAAAGAGGCUCUGGUCUAUCACCGAGGGGCAAUGAUCACAGAAUGGAGAAUGUAAAGGGUACCAGACUCAGUAUUAUAAAAUAAUCAAGCUAUCAGAAGGAAGUUAAAUGAAGGGCUUCUGAUUUAGACUCAAGAUAGUUGGGAGUGGGUUUCUCAAAAAUACAUACAACUAAAAUUGAUUGUAAUCCAUGAACAAUUUAGUAUACUUUCGAUCACUUUUUUUCUUUUUCUUUUAACCUUUAAAUAUUUGAUUACACUACUGGUUGUGAACAAUGUCCCAUUAAUAGCGCUACAAAAUUGACGCUGAGGUCCCUCCCUGUGUUAUUCAUGUUAUUAAUUGCUAAUGAAACCAGGGAAUUCGAUUAAGAAGAUAGAUCAUACAUUUAUAUUUAGAUGAUUCUUAGUUGUAAGUUUUUUGGUGAAACAAACUCCAGCAUUCUAUUUUUUAUUUGAGCUAGGAGUGUAUCCAGAACUCAUAUUCAUUAUUUGAUCUCAUUUGUUGUUUAAAUACUGCCUCGUGUCAAAAUAUGAAUAUGAAAAUUCAUAACAAUACUACUUUAUAAUCAGUGCUUAUUCUCUGUGAGAAUGUUAAUCCAAUUUACACAUAUAUUUUUAAUAAAGAUAUAACAAAGUCAAUACAUACAAACCUUUAUGCACUAUAAAUUCAGAAAUUAUUGGGAUGUUAAUAUUAUUGCGAAAAAAAUGUGACAGCGACAGGGUUAAAAUCACAAUAAUUCAAACUUGCAUUUUGUAAUUUUGAU